GAUUGUCCAUGUGCCCAUAUGAGUUUGUGGCACCUGCUUGUACCACUCUUGAGCACACACCACAGGUGCCGUCCGACAUGGGGUCAUGCUGGGAGCUCCUCCUGCUCGCAGCAGCCCUGGGGGCGACGGUUGCCACCUGCUGCCCUGCACCCUGCGACUGUGAUAACCUCCGUGCCCAUGUCCUGUGCCUCAAUGGGAGCCUGAUGGCCAUCCCUGACACUAUCCCAGAGCUCACCAAAAAACUAGACCUUCGGGGCAACAGUUUUAUGGUCAUCCCAGUGGGAGCCUUCCUUGCCACCCCCUACCUCACACACUUAGACCUGCAGCGUUGCAAGGUGGAGAGGCUGGAGGAAGGGGCUUUCCGGGGGCUGGGAAGGCUUGUCUACCUGAACCUGGCCUCCAACGGCAUAGCCCUCCUCUACCAGGAGUCCCUGGAUGGGCUCUCCUCUCUCCAGCAGCUCAUUCUGGCGGGGAACCGCAUUGAGGAGAUCCAGCCGGGUGCUUUUGGCCAUCUGGGGUCCCUCACUGUCCUUGACCUGAGGGGAAAUGCUCUGGUCUACCUCCCAGACAUGGUCUUUCAGGGUCUGCAGGUUCUUAGAUGGCUCCGGCUGUCCCACAAUUCCCUCCAUGUGCUGGGCAGCGAGGCCUUUGCUGCUCUGCCUGCCUUGCGCAGGCUGAGCCUGGACCACAAUGAGCUGCAGGCACUGCCUGGCGAGGCCCUUGCCAGGCUGGAUGGGGCUACCCGACUAGACCUGGGUCACAAUCCCAUCACUUAUGUGGCUGAGGAAGCCCUGGCCAUGGCCUCACUGAGGCACCUCUUCCUGGACCAUGCCUCCCUCCAGGAUGUGGCACCUGACGCCUUUGCCCGCAGUCCCCAGCUUCGCAUGCUGGACCUCCGCGAGAACCAGCUGCAGGGGCUGCCACCCCUGGCUGGGGCUGGGGGGCUGGCGAGGGUCAGCCUGGAUGGGAACCCUCUGCUCUGCUCCUGCCUCCUGCGCCCCUUCCACAAGUGGCUGACAAGAGCGCGGGUACAGGCUGAGGGUGCCUGUGCUGCGCCCCCYGCCCUCCGUGGCCGGUCCCUCGAUUCCCUGAAGCCCCCUGAGAUGAGAUGCGGUCGCCUCUGGCCUCCCCCUAGCCCCACACCACCAGAGCAGCCUAGGGCAGCUGGCAACAAGCAGUGUCCCCAGGGGUGUAUAUGCUACCCUGAUUUCCAUCACGGGUCCUGUGAGAACAGGGACCUAAGGGAGAUCCCCUGGGACUUCCCUGGUGACACCCGCCUUCUUGACCUGCGCCGAAACACCUUCAGGACAGUGCCACCGGACUCCUUCCCUAGCCUGAAGGAGCUGGUGUCGCUCCACCUGCAGAGCUGCAGCAUCAGGGUACUGCACCCCGGGGCGCUGCGGGGGCUGGAGAGCCUGGUCUACCUGUACCUCAGCGAUAACCAUCUCUCCACCCUGGCGGCCGCUGCCUUUGAGGGGGCCCCACAGCUGGCCUACCUCGACCUGGACCACAACACCUUCACCCGUGUGCCCGCAGAUGCCUUCCACCUCCUGCCCAACCUCAUCUCCCUCCACAUGCAGCACAAUGCCAUUGGGGAACUUGUGGAGGGUGACCUGGCCGGAGCCAGGGGGCUCCGCUGGCUCUACCUAGCUGGGAAUUCUAUCAGGCACAUUGCCCCUGCUGCCUUGGCUCCCACCAAGAUGCUGGAAAAGCUGCAGCUGGAGGGAAACCGCCUGGUGGAGGUGCCCACAGCAGCCCUGUGGGGCCURCCUGCCCUGAGUGAGCUGAAGCUCUCCCGAAACCCCAUCAAGCACAUGGGGGACAGUGCCUUCCUGCCGGUGGCCWCCAGUCUGCAGCACCUCUACCUGGACAACAUGGGCCUGGAGUGGAUUUCCCCCCAUGCCUUCACUGGCCUUGGUCCCAAGAUCAGAAGUCUCUACCUAGAGAGCAACAAAAUGAGCAACAUACCUGACAUGAGCAACUUCACAGGGCUGGAGAUCCUCAACCUGCAGGAUGUGCCUUUCCACUGCAACUGCCAGCUCCUUCCACUGCACAGGUGGAUCAACAAACUCAACCUCCGCGUAGGGGCCACCUGUGGGUCCCCUGCAGAAGCCCAGGGGCUGAAGGUGAAGCUUUCCACCACUUUCCAAACUUGUCCUGCCUGGGGCCGAGGUGAAGCUCGGGAAACCAAUCCUAACACGACUAAGGCUGCAAGCAAGCCCAGCAAGAUAAAGAGGUCCAAAAACUAUCCAGCCAGAGGCUUCAACAAGAGCACAGCUUAG